AUGAAGAUUGCCUAUAUCCUCACUCUGAUUGCCGGCGUCGUCGCGGCGGAACCCAUGGUGUUCUUGAUCCGACAUGGCGAGAAACCCGCAGAUGACGACGAGCCAGGAUUGAGCAUCAAAGGACAGCAGCGCGCUCAAUGCUUGAGGAGUGUCUUUGGAGCUGGAUCCAACUAUCACGUUGGCCAUAUCAUGGCCCAGGCUUACAAGCCAGACGGCUCGAGAAAACGCCCAUUCGACACCGUCUCACCACUGGCACAGGACCUCGGCCUCGAGGUUGACACGUCGUGCGACCGCAAUGACAGCAAGUGUGUCAAGAAGGUUGUCAAGAACUACAAGGGCGCUGGGAACAUCCUGAUCUGCUGGGAGCACAAGGCCCUUCGUGACAUUGCCGAGGCGCUUGGAGCCGACGACGUCAAAGACUACCCCAAGAAACGAUUCGACGAGAUAUGGAUCGACCCGUAUCCCUACAGCGAAAUCACAGACAUUGUGUCCGAGAACUGCCCUGGCCUGGAUAACUAG